CAUUUACGAAUGUAUUUCGUUGGUUUUCAAAGACGAGCAAAGAAACCUUGUGAUUGUCAAAACUUUGAACGCUGUUUGGCCCGCUACUCCCUCAUGUGUUGAUAAAGUGUACAGAGGUCAGCCUAGCAGUGACGUAACCCACUGACUGACUGGGAGAGUUCGGACACCGGACAGCUAGUGGCAAGUAACCUGAGCAUCCGUGAAUUUGAUGUGACAGUAACCGACUAUAUACACCAAUACGGGAAAGGGGAAUACGUCACAAUAACUAACCACACAAGGAAAAGGAAAAGAUGAUAAAAAAAAAUUUGCUGCUGAAAGUUACCCAUUUAUGUACUCUAAAAGUUGCUAGCCACCCCCAGCCUGAGUCUGGUAUAUAAAAAAAAAAAGUCAAGUGGCUAACAGCUAACCUGAAGCUAGGCAGACAGUACUUGGCUAAUCGGAUCUGAUGAUAGAAGUUAACUUAUCUUCCUACUUGCCAGGCUUUAAGGCGAUGGCUGUGAACUAGCGGUGCUGACAAAACCAAUGUAUUUAAUUGACAGCCCAAGCUGUGUCUGUAUCGGAGAGCAAGAUCAUGCUAGCUAGCUAAGGGGGGGGCGUUAGCUUUAGCAAAACAAGAGCCCUGCUUAAGCAGUCAGCUGACAGUCUGGUGUAAGCUGCCAACAGACCAGUGAUGGAUCAACUAAAAGUAAAGGAUCGCAUAUUGGAAAACAUCUCCCUGUCUGUCAAGAAGUUGCAGAGUUACUUUGCAGCCUGUGAAGAUGAGACUCCAGCCAUCCGAAAUCACGACCGGGUUUUGCAGCGACUAUGUGAACACCUUGACCAUGCUCUGCUUUAUGGACUGCAGGACAUCUCGUCAGGCUACUGGGUCCUGGUCCUUCACUUCACCAGGAGAGAGGCUGUCCGUCAGAUAGAUCAACUUCAGCACAUUGCAACCAACCUUGGUCGAAGUCGUGCAUGGUUGUACCUGGCACUGAGUGAGAGCUCUUUAGAGAGCUAUCUACGACUCUUCCAGGAGAACCAAGCAUUACUGCAGAAGUAUUAUUUCAAGAACGCACUGGUCUGUAGUCAUGAUCAUCUCACGCUCUUCCUCACACUGGUUUCUGGUCUGGAGUUCAUUCGCUUUGAUCUGGAGCUGGAUGUGCCCUAUCUGGACGUGGCCCCCUACAUGCCAGAGUACUACAAACCCCAGAACCUGCUGGACUUUGAGGAAAGACUGCCCAGUUCAGACAGCUUGUCCCUGCACUCCUUCACCUCGCUCACCUCCACCAACCUGGAGUGGGAUGACAGUGCCAUAGCCCCCUCCAGCGAAGAUUAUGAUUUUGGUGACAUCUUCCCCGUGUUGCAGUCAUUGCCAAGUGCAGACUGGGAAGAGGGUGACCUGACUGACCAGGCCAGCUGCCCACGAUCCAGUGGCUCUGAUCCCCUGACAGUCAUCAGUGACACAGUGGUUCUUUCAGCUGGCCCUGUCAAGAUGAAGGUGGCGGUUCAUCUUUCUCCGCACAGCCCCACGUUCAGACACAACCCUUUCAACGAGGAUUCAGACACUAAUACCACCAACACGUCGGCUGAUGUCACACCAGUUCAUGUGGCCAGCCGCCACAACACCACUGGAGAUGACAUGGAGAACGGCAACAACGAGCUGGAGGUCAUCAGGAUGGCCAGACGAAGGAAACCUGCCAAGAAGCGACGAGGGAAGGGCUCCACAGAUUCCAGCAGCAGCAUCCAUAACUCUGUCUCCUCCGAGCACAUGGAAAUGGACAACAGCCUCCUGGCCUCAGAGGAUGUAGAUCCCUUAAACUGCACUGUAAUUCAGCUGGAUGCUGAUGCAGAAUCAAGGAGAAACAGGGUGGGAACAGAAGUUGUUGAUGAAGGAGAUGAGGACGGAGUAGAAGGUCUCCUGCGGCUUCCAGAGAUGACCGACACCUCCAUGGAUAGGGUGGGCCAGCCCCUUAGUGAUGUCAUGGACCGACUCAACGGAGCUCUGGAUAAGGAGGAGGCCUGGGAGCGCUCAGAGAAGGGGCCGGAAAAAAACAGUGAGGGCUGUGACCAAGGCCCCGAGCCCCCUGAAAAGCAGCCCUUUCGAGAGGAUUCAGGGGGCGAGCCACCUGACCGAGCCCCAGGAGAGACGUCUCCCUCCCCACUGGGCACAAGCCCAAACUUCCUGCAGACCUCUUCUGCAAAUGCAGACUUAUGCUGCUUUACCCCCUUCAGUCCAGACUCUACUCCCUCAGGUGGUGGCCACUAUGACUUUACAGAGCAUGGCGAGCCGCAGACUCUAUCAGGUGGCCCUGAAAUUGAAGGAGAAGCAAAAGCAACAGCAGGACAGGAGCCAGACAUGAAUGCCAGGGAGGAAGACACAGAAGGAGGACAGGCAACAGACAAGAGUGCUGAGGAAGCAGAAGAACUACAAGAGGAGAUGCUCAGUCCCUCUGAGAGUUCUCAUCCUGCAGAGUUUAAGGUGGACAACAAUCACCUGCUUCUUCUCAUGAUACAUGUUUUCAGAGAAAAUGAGGAGCAGCUCUUCAAGAUGUUGAGAAUGAGCACAGGCCAUAUGGAGGGAGACCUGCAGCCUCUUUACCUGCUGCUGACUGACUGUUACAUCUACCUGCUUAGGAAAGGUGCAGCAGAGAAGCCCUACACUGUAGAGGAUGCUGUUUCUUAUAAUGAGCUGGACUAUAUUUCAGUGGGCCUGGACCAGCAGACAGUGACAGUGGUUUGCACCAACAGACGUAGAAAAUUCCUGUUGGACACAGCUGAUGCUUCCCUGACUCUUUGGUUCUUGUCUGUCCUCAAGUCAGCCAUGGUGAAGGGCUGUCGUGAGCCUCCUUACCCCUCUGUUCUGACUGAUGCUACCAUGGAGAAACUGGCACUCACCAAGUUUGUCUCCCAGGAAUCACAGUGUGAGGUAUCUGAAGUGUCUAUCCAACUGUAUUCACUGGUCCACUGGGAGGAUCCCUUGGACAUGACCCAGGGUGGCUCACCAAGCUCUGGAGCACCUUCCAGCACCAAGGAUGGGACUCUGCAGUACCGGGCUGGAACCACCUAUCUGGGCAAAGAGCUGUGGAAAAGCUGCUACAUCAUCCUCAGCAAUGGGAUUCUGUACCUGUAUGCAGAGAGAACUGAUGUGACGCCUCUGCUGUCCGUCACUAUGGGAGGAGAGCACUGUGGAGGCUGCCGUCGCUCAAACAGCACAGAGCGUCCUCACGCCUUCCAGGUCAUCCUGACAGAGCGGCCUCCGCUGGAGCUCAGCGCCAACAAUGAGCAGGACAUGGCCGACUGGAUGCAGCUGCUCUGCCAGUCUGUCUCCAAAGGGGUUAUUCCUCAGGGUGUGGCUCCCACUCCAUGUAUCCCAUGUUGCCUAGUAGUGACAGACAGGAAGCUCCUAACCUGCCAUCAGGACUGUCAGACCAGCUUCUUCCGCUUGCUGGGCAGCGUUGAUAUCGGUGACGUCACAGCUGUCAGCGUGGAGAACAACAAAGAGUACUGUGUCAUUGAGUUUGCAGCAGAUCGGGCCCAUUUCCUUCCUCCAUGGGUCUUGUACUUCAGCGGCUCUGAGGAGAGAAAUCGACUGCUGGAGGCGUUAGGCAGUACUUGGAAGGCCAUUUUCCAGGUUGAUCUCCCUCGCAGAGAGGUGAUGGAUGUGGCCUUGCAGAAGCGUUGUGGUGAGGCCCUCGCCCUGAUGAGUAGUGCCUGGCAGAGGGCAGACAGUUUGGCCCGAGGCAGAGCCCAGCGUGAACCCUGGUGCUGAUGGACACACACAAACACACCUGUGGGAAACCACUGACACAGACUGACAGUUAAAUGUUCUGAUAUAGUUCCCAGAUAGAUGGACUUAACUCUGACUUAAAGUCACUGCAAACUAUUCAGAGUUCCAAGCUGAGAGACUGAGACGAACCAGUCAGAUGUGGUUAUCAGUUGUCGUACUACAGCUUGUGAUACAUCAAUGUCAUGUUUCUGUCAGAGAAACUUCUGCAGAAGUAGUGAUGCUUAUGGCACAUCACAUCACAGUGUCGCAAGAGUCAGACAUUCUCUCUUGUAAUCAGAUGAUAUUACCAACCUUGAAUGUAUCAUGCAUUCACAUAUAUCCUGCUGAACUGAGUUUAAGAGUUUGUCAUCAGCAACCAGCAAAGUAACCAGUUUUCUUCAGAGGAGGAUCCACCUUGUACAGAUUUCAUCUAGAGGUAGAUAAAGCUAAAAACACAUCCGAGUACAUUGAGGAAGCUGAGUGGGGAGGAAGGUAACUAUGACUAACAGCUUCCCUGCACAGUGAAAAGAGACAUAAUAAUGUUGUCUUUAAAAAAGCUGGUCAUAUAUAUCAAGCAAGCCAUACAUGAAGGGGUCCGUUGCUCACACUCCUCGCGUUGCACACAAAAUAAAUCAGUAACACUAUGCUCACACUACUGUGUGAAGGUAAAAGCUCCUUGCUGACUAAUAGAAGAUGUUGUAGUGAACCCUAACUGCGGUACUAUUAUAAAGUAAGUAUACAGCGCUUGUACAGUAUAAACACAUUGUCACUGAUGGUUGUGUCUGCGUCGGAUAUUCAGUUUCAGCUCAUCUAAGGAGACAUACCUCCACAUUGAACUAUUGUCACAUUGACCGUUAGCUUGAGGCACUUGCACUGUUACAGGAAAUGCUCUUGCCUGUGUCAUCUGUCUGAGAUCUUUCCUUAUUGGUUUUAAAAAAAGAGAACUAUCAGGAAAUGCAACAGACUUGCCUUUUUUCUCCCCUCCGUUGAGACGAGUGGAGGCUUCCAUGCAGACUUGCACAUUGUUCGUCUUUUUUUUUUUUUUUUUUUUUUCUGAUGGUUGUAAUACUCUAAAGUUGUGGUUUUGUGUUAACCUGUGCUGUGUUAUUUCCAUUUUAGAGAUAGUGGGAGCAAUUGUUACUAAAUUAUUGAACUGAGUUGACACAGGAUAAUAUUGUUUGUGUCAGCUACGAGUUGUCUUGGCUUAUCUAUUUUGCACCAGUGGUUGGUGGCGUUAUACUGUGCUAUAUGAUCUAGCAAGUCCACUAACUUAGAACAUCCCUCACUGCACUAGUCACCAGUAAGGGUAGGACCAUGCUUGAAGUAUAUACAAUCCUUAACUAGCCUUUCAACUUGAAACAAGUGCAGCAUCUGUUCUUAGCAGAUCAGUGCUUUUAAAUAGCCUGGAAUGUUGUGCAUUAUUAAAGACAGAAGGAUUUGACCCUAAACCAAACUCCUUUAGUUUCCCUACAGAUUAUGGUUAUUAGAUAGUGCAUGUGUUACAAUCUGGACUUAACGUUAUUAAUGAUUCGAGUGCUGCUGUUCUCAUUGCGAUGACAAUGUCGCCUUUCCGACAGCCUUGACUGAAGAGGACAAAAUGGCCAAAUCGUUUAUUAUAAACAAAGCACUAUUCUGCUUUUUGUAGUGGCCUUACACUGUACCAUUUGGCUUAUUGCAUUGGAGCGCUCAAAGCAAUCAUCUUGGUUUAUAUUUCUUUUUAUUGACAAGUCAAAAUUUGUGCUUGAUGUAAGGCUGGGUAUCAAACAUCAAUACUCUCCAGCAUAGACAUACUGGUGUUUGUAUUGAUUGUUGCCACAGAGUGUUUCCUCAUGUCAUUUAACUGUUCUCUCAUCAGAUAUUGCUGGAUAUUUGUUGUUAAAAAUCAAGCAGUCAGUGAUUAUAUUCAGCAAAUUGAAUAUCAAAUAGUGCUGUUGUGGUAUCCAAAAUUCAGGUACUGAAGAGCAUCUGUCAGAGCUGAAGAGGCCCCAGUGUCAAAUAAUACCCAGUUCUAUACAUAUGUCACUUGUGUAUGUUUGUACAGUAUUCUGUGUCAGCAUUAAUCAGUGCUUUAAGCCUUUUUAAGUGCCACUUGGUCUCAUUCAUCUCCUGCUCUUUUACAAAGGAAUCUAAUCUCAGGUGAAAAAGGUAUGUCACAUCCAAAACCUUAAGACUCACCGUGUGUGUGUGUGUGUGUGCGCGCGCUUGUUUUUUAAAUUACUGCUGUCUUUUUUUUUUUUUUUUAAUGAAGUAUUUUUUAAAUAUCUCCUUUUUUCUAUUUUUCUUCUUCCGUUCCAUUGCAUUAUGAAGUUUUUUUGGUGCACACAGAGAAGGCUGGGAAGUAAUAUUAAAUGUUGGAAAAGGUUUUAUGUAAACCUGCUUUAAUAAUUCAGUGGGUUUUAAAAUAGGAUUGGUUGGCUGCGUGGUUGGAAUCCUCUUCCCCAGAAGAUUACUUUUUCUGAAUAGGGAGAGUGCAGUUGCAAUAGUUGGACUUACUUGAAAUGUCUGUUAGAUUAUCGGUAAAAAAAUUAACCGCCAAAAGUUGUGGCCUAUGAAGUGUAUAUAAAGAAAAAGUUAAAAGUUGGUCUUUAUGAGCUUUGUUUUGAAUGAAAGACAUUGCUGGCCAAUGAUGGAUGCCAUCUGAUUGAUGCGUUGUGAAAAAGCACUGCUUGGUUUUGUUUAUAAAUGUAUACUGCAUGUAAUAUUUGUAUUAUGUUUGGCUGUUUUAUUGAACUGUAAAUAGAGCACUAAUCAAGUUUAGCAUACUGUACAUUCACACAUAAAGACGUGCAUGUUGGGAAGGUUUUAUACUGUUCAUAAUGGUCAUGAAUGUGCAAAUAAUGUGGUUGGACAGCAUAACUGAAUAAACUAAAAUGGAAA